CCCUUUUCACACAAUACGAAUCACUCUUUAUGACGUUUCUGUGUCAACACUUUCUACACACGAACAUGUCGCUCCAUAACUCCUACUUCGCAAACCAUUAACAUCGACUCCUUGCAUACCCUCGUAUAUUCCCUCCCCCACCACCUGGUUUCCCUCCCAUUCGUACUACAUUUCCGAUCGAGCCCACUUCCCGCCGCCGACAAUUAGCGGGCUAUAUCACAGCAGACGUAACUACGACAGACACCUGUCAGACCAAUUCUACGUUCCAGCAAGCUCCUCCACCGCAAAAAUGGAGCGAAACACCCCGGAGCCACGCAACAUUGUGCCGCCAGGCACAUUCCGCACGCAAGACACGAAGGGAAGGUAUAAGACACAGAAGGCGAUGGACUGGGCUUCGAGCACUCUUCCGACGAGUGGCGCCUGGCGCACGACUCAGAAAAGCAGCCAGCAGACGAAAACCGCUCAUGCUAGAGCGGACAACAAGCGCAAGCGCGAAAUCGAUGACCACGGUGAAGUUCAAGCAAAACAUCAGAAACUCGAUGUCCCAUCCGGACAGCUAUCACGUGCCAAUAAGGGCCGUUCCCAAGAGACGGAGGGCGCGGUUUCGCACCCUGGCAUACAGAUCACGAUGGACAGUGGGAAGAAAGAGACCUCAUCCAGCAAUCUGCCGGGCAGCCAACUACCACAAGGCAAGGAGACGAAAGUCGGUCCCGCUGCAGCGAAGCUAGACCGUCUCGUCGGAAACCCCGAUACCAAUAUUCAGAACGGACAUAGCACCCCAAGCACCAGCCUAUCCGGUUACAACUUCGACCUAGAGUCUGACCUGGACCUUGAUGAUAUUUUUCCUCCCAUGUCCAAACGCAAGACCAGACCCGCCACUAUCCCGUCAUCCUCCGCCCCACCCCACGAAACUCUUGAGUACCUCCUCACCAACCUGACGGAGAUGGCCAAGUUCCUUGAAGCUCAUGACGCCGACCGCAAUCCUCCCCUCUCGCCUCAGCGUCUCGCUAAGACGAUUCGCCGUUGGGAAGGCGAGCUCUGGUCCGCCAUCCACAACAUCGAAGCAGCAGAAGAUCAGCGCAUCAUCGAUAUCAAGGAAGCCCUGGAUCGUGACGAGAAGCGCGAGGCAGCGCACAACGCCGAGCUAGAGAAGCGAGAAGAGCUUUGGGCGACGCUGAUGUCGAAGGAAUCCCACGAAUUGGAGAGUAAACUACGAGAGAAGGACGAGGAGUGGACGGGUAAAGUGGACGACAUGACGCAGGCCACCGUCGACGAGGUGAGGAAGAUGAGGGAAAGGUGGGAGAAAGAGACAGCGAAGCAAAAGGAGGCAUACGAGAGUGAGAUAGCAAAGCUGAAGAAAGAGCUAGAGCAGAAGACGUCUGAGAGGGACGAAGACAAGGCGACACCCGAGGGCAUGAUGAAGAUGAACCAUGAAGACACCGUCUACAAGAUCAAGGAGGGUCACAAGCACGAGAUCGAGAACAUCAACCGAGAGCGCGAGGCAGAGCGCAAGGUGUUCAAGGACAAGGUCGACCGUCUCGCUGAUGAAAAUGCGAAGCUGCGCGAAACAGCUGCGGCCUCAGAGCCCGAGAGAAAAGAGAAGCAGGAUAUUGCAGAGCUGAAGCGCACCUACGAAGCCCAGAUUGAGUUUCUCAAGAACAAAGCCGAGAGACUCGCCGAUACGAAUGCCGAGCUGAGGAAGGAGAAUCGGUUGCGGAAGGUAGCACCGCCUAAGGUGCAGGAGAAGCCGCCCAAGCCCAAACGCAGUCGGGAUGACAGGGACGAGGGAGCGUCUGAGCGGUAUGAGACUAGGUCGUCGAAGCGGGCACGGGCCGAGACCGUGGUUGACUCAGAGGAGGGAGGCAACCAUGGUCGCAGCCUUAGCUAGGCAUAAGGGUGCGUUGGAGGAGGUCAUCUGCAGGCAGAUGAGAUGAGAUUGACAAGAGGCAUAUUUUUGCGGUUUAGGAUGGCGUCCUGGUCAGAGUAUCCUGUA